GGAAAAGUCACUAGGGAUGAGACAUUUAUAGUGCAGUAAAUUUCUUUGCUUUGUUUCAUUGGCGAAAAGUACCGCAAAAAAAAACAGGUGCGGGAGAUACUUGCCGAUAUUCGCAACAAACGAGUGGUUCAUCACUUACCGCACGUACGCCGUUCUUCUUCUUAUAACGGACCCAAAACGACGGAGGCAAAUAAUUUUUUUGGACGCUACAAAGUUGUACGCUACAAAGUUGGAAACUAGAAAGAGACAAAAUCCAAACGCAGAAAACGUCAAAACAAGAACCGCGAAACAGAAUCAAUGGCUGAAUUCUCAGUGGAACGCGUUGAAGACAAGCGGACAGUUAACGGACGCACAGAAUAUUACCUCAAGUGGAAAGGCUACCCGCGCAGUGAAAACACUUGGGAACCGGUGGAGAAUCUCGACUGUCCAGACCUAAUCGCCAACUUUGAAGAGUCUCUGAAGAACAACAUGAAAGAAACCAAGAAGCGGCAAUCCACCUCAUCCACAUCCGAUUCUAUUCGCAGUAAGCGCAAGAGCUUCAUGGAGGACGAGACGGAGGAACAGAAGAAGCUCAUUGGCUUCGAGCGUGGCCUGGAGGCAUCAAAGAUUCUUGGCGCUACCGACUCAUCCGGCCACCUAAUGUUCCUAAUGAAAUGGAAGGGCAGUGAUCACGCUGAUCUGGUGCCGGCCAAGCUGGCCAACAUUCGCUGUCCCCAGGUGGUAAUCCGAUUCUACGAAGAGCGACUCACUUGGCAUACCGGCAGCGGGAAUGGCAACGGUAACGGCAGUACAGGAGGCGUUACAUCAGGAGGCAACGGAGGCGUGGAUACUACAUCGGGAAGCGUUGGAACGCCCGGCGGCAGCACCGCCGAGGGAGGAGACGAAGAUGACGCUGGUAGUCCGACAGGCAGCAUCAACCAGGAUGAAAACAUCAAGCCGGAGGAAAGCAGUGAGAUUGGGAACGGCGACGCCGACGACUAGGUGCCCGUUUGUGGGCCCACAUCUGUAUGGAUACAUACACGCCGGUCCGUUUAUACACACAUAUGCAUAAAUUGUAGCAUUUUAGCGUAGCCCUUAAGCCACCAUCUCUAUUUACUGAAAUUUUCGUCGUUCUCAGUGAAUUUUACCACUAAAUUGAAGUCAAACUUUUUUUAAAGGAAUCGUAUAUUAAUUUACAAUUUCCUAAUACAUCUGCUCGAUGAUGUCCUUGCGUAAAAAGGCAUGUGUGUGUGUGUCUGUGGCACGGGCUAAGAUAAGGAUAAGGACGGAGUGCGUAGGACGGAGGAGCUAGUGGCUUCCGAUAAUAAGUCUAUUCUAAGCGUUUGAAAUUGUAAAAAAUGAUAGAUUCACACACAAAACACAUUUGUCUGUAUGGACGAUCAGAUCACCUGGGAACCAGCGAUUCAAGAGAAGCUUUUGGCUUCCGAUAAUAAGUCUAUUCUAAGCGUUUGAAAUUGUAAAAAAUGAUAGAUUCACACACAAAACACAUUUGUCUGUAUGGACGAUCAGAUCACCUGGGAACCAGCGAUUCAAGAGAAGCUUUUGGCUCGACUUCACAUCAUAAUGUUCGUUAAAUUAUGAUUUUAAUCGAGGAAAUAUACUUUUCGUAAUUUUAAAUUUUGCGCCAAAACAAUCCAUCCAGGAAUGGUGCUCAUUUCCCCGAAUAUGACAAGACAGAUGAAAGAAUAAAAUAUACAUUAGAGCGAA